AUGGCCGCAUCCGAGACGCUCGACGCAGAGAUCGAGCUCAUCGCUUCAUCACUCUUGCCAGAGGAGAGCCUAUCAUCACCGCCAUUAUCAUGGCCUCGGGAGAUUGCAAUUGUCAACGCCGAAAGCCAGAGGACUCUUCACAUCAGGAUCGCCGAGGAGUAUCCCAAACGUCAAGCUGUCACUGUUGAGGUCAAGGGCAACGAUAUUGGACGAGACGCAGCUGCAGAAUGGAGCAAGCGCAUAAAUGGAUUCUUGGAUAGCUGGGAAGAGUCGGAAGACUUUCCACUGUAUCAACUCGCGACCACUCACCUCCUGCCCCUCCUUGCCCCAGAGACUGCUCCUCCAGCCCCCAAGAUUACAGCCCCACCUCCACCCCCACCUAUACCACACCACGCCCUUCUCACGUCACACCAUCUCCUAUCAUCGACCAAGCGCAAGAACUUUCUCGCUCUCUCGUCCCAGCUCUCCCUUGUGGGGUUCAGCAAGGUCGGCCACCCGGGCAUCUACUAUGCUGUUGGCGACAAGGACGACCUCGAGGAGUGGAUGCGCGAGGUCAAGAGCUGGAACUGGCUUGCUCUUCGCGUGAGGGUGGGUGUAGAGCCCAUCCGAGACGCAGAGGUGGAACUGGAGGGUCGUGGGAAGGAGAGCGGCGCGCGGGGUGGUAAGGGCCGCGGCGACUGGGUGGAGCUGAAGAAGAUUGGCGACGCAUUGGAGUGGUUGAAGAAGCGUGGACGAGAACAAAUGUUGUUGGAUAUUGGGAUUGGAGGAUCGUCCGAGUAG